AUGUCUCACAGCGGAGUUACUCCAGAUCAAGAGCGAAAACAACCACAAACAUCGGCGUCAACAAGUGUAACGAGCAAAAGCGAAGGUACAAGUGAAUCUCGUUUUGCUCCAUUCAUGCAAACAAUUCAACUAUAUGAUGCACAAACUGGAAUGCCCAUUGGUGUAUAUUUAGAAAAUGAUAACACGUUAAGUUUAAAUAAUGUGCAACUAGUUUAUCCAAAUGCUACAACAGUCAAAUGCAUUCUUUCAGAUCAACCAUAUCCAAAACUGUAUGUAUAUUAGAAUAAUUGAGAUGUGUGGACAAAGUGUCUAAAGACGAAUUGACGAAUCGCAAUUUUUUAAGCGUAAAAAUGAUGCAACAAUUCGCGUUUUACCCUUAUUUUGUGAAUUCGUACCGAAUUGAUGCGAACUGUAUC